AUGAGCUACUACAGCAACUGCUAUGGAGGCCUGGGCUACGGCUAUGGAGGUUUUGGUGGCCUGGGCUGUGGCCGUGGCUGGGGAUGUGGCAGCUUCCACAGACGGGGUUGUGGCUGGGGCUGCGGCUGGGGCUGCAGAGGCUACAGAUAUGGCUGCUGCCGCCCAUCUUGCUAUGGAAGUUAUGGAUUCUCUGGCUUCUACUAA